UCACUUUGGUAACGUCACCAUUUCCGACGCACGUUGCUUGUUAGUUGUUUAGCAAUUAGCAGUGCGCAGCGAGAGUCACCGAUCUAAACAUGGCGAAUGGAUGCAAAGACGUGUUGUUUUCACGUGGAACUGGACAGAGUGACGAUUCUGAUAUAUGGGAUGACACCGCCUUGAUAAAGGCUUAUGACAAAGCAGUUGCAUCAUUCAAGACUGCCCUCAAGGGCGAAGACGAGCCAGAGGCUUCCAAGAAAAACCCGCCAGGAAAGAAACGCAAGAACAACAAAAAGAACCAGAGCAGGAAAAGAACAAAUGCGCCCCCAGACAAAGAAUGGCAGGUUGGGGACCCGUGCAGCGCAUACUGGUCAGAGGAUGGCCAGCUCUACGCAGCCACUAUCUCCUCCAUAGAUGAGGAGAGGGGCACUUGUGUCGUUGUGUAUACACAAUACGGCAACGAGGAGAUGCAGAACCUUGAAGACUUGCUUAUGGAGAUCUCUGAGGAUGAUGAAGAAAUGAAUACCAAGGUGAAAGCGGCAGAAUCAUCAACAGAGGAAAGUGACCGGUCCACCACACCAAACCACCACAAACCGCUCCACAGUAAACCUCAGAAAUCCAAGGCCCACAGAGAACCUCCUCCUAUGUGGGCCCCUGGUUUCCCAGGAUUUCCUCAAGGUGCACCUCCCAUGCAUGCUUCUAAAACGCAGAGAGGAAGCAAACGAUCUGGUGCUCACGGGCCUGUACCGCCUCCCUGGCCUCCAAUGAUGCCUUUUGGUCCUCCAAUGAUCCCUCCACCUCCGCCUAUGAGCCCUGACAUGGUGGAAGACGAGGCAUUGGGCAGCGUGCUCCUCUCCUGGUACAUGAGUGGAUAUCACACGGGAUACUACUUGGGGUUGAAACAAGGACGCAAAGAAGCUGGCAAUCGGACAAAGCUGCACCACAAAUGAAACUACCCGCUCAACAUUUUCUAAUCUUGAGUUUCUCAAGGCGUCCCCUGGUUCAGCAGCCGUUCUCCCUGUUGGUCCUGAUCUUUCUCUUAAACUAAGUGUACAUGCUUUGAGUUCAUGAAGACUCAAGGAGGAGCGUUUUUUGUAUUCUUUGUAAAUAGAUUAAAUAAAGGCUAUCUCAGCACAGUUGAUAA